CGCGCGACGCUGCCGCUGACCCCGCGGGGCGCGGGCGCCUGAGGGCCUCGGGACUAUGGCGGCCGAGGCCGUGGCUUCGCGCCUGGAGCGGCAGGAGGAGGACAUUCGCCAGCUAUGGGCGGAGGUCCAGCGCUUGCGGGACGAGCAGCUGAGCGCGGCCGACCCGUGCCGGGCCGCGGGGCCGAGCCUCACGCGCGAGGUGGCGCAGCUGCGGGCCGAGAACCGCGACCUGCGCCAGCGCCUGGGCCGCCUGCGGCUGAACCUGGCCGAGUCGCUGAGCCGCCGGGCCUGGCUGGGGAGCGCGACGCCGGGGGAGACCGGGCGCGCGGCCGCGGGAGCGCAGCCUCCUCCUGGUCAAGGGCAAGAAAAGGACUCUAAAAAGAAAAAAUUGAAAGAAAAUGGGCUUGACAGUGGGGUGAAACAACCAACUUUCAUGAAAGAAAGAUUGAAACUAUUUGAAACACUGAAGAAAGAUCAGCACUUGCUUUCUGUUUAUGAAGAAAAGGAGAAUACAAGCAAUGUGAUCACAGUGAGCAUGGCUGAUGGGAAAACACUGGAAGGAGAAGUUUGGAAAACAACACCUUAUGAAGUGGCUGCUGAGAUUAGUCAGGAGCUGGCUGAAAACACAGUGAUAGCCAAAGUGAAUGGGGAACUGUGGGACCUGGACCGCCCGCUGGAAGGGGAUUCCACACUCGAGCUACUCAUGUUUGAUAAUGAGGAGGCUCAAGCUGUGUACUGGCACUCCAGUGCUCACAUUCUUGGUGAAGCCAUGGAGCUCUACUACGGAGGCCACCUGUGCUAUGGUCCCCCCAUUGAAAACGGAUUUUACUAUGACAUGUUCAUCGAAGACAGAGCAGUGUCCAGCACCGAGUUGGCAGCCCUGGAAAACAUAUGUAAAAGCAUCAUAAAAGAAAAGCAGCCUUUUGAAAGAUUGGAAGUCAGCAAGGAAACCCUCCUGGAUAUGUUUAAGUACAAUAAGUUUAAAUGCCGCAUUCUGAAGGAGAAGGUCAACACUCCGACUACCACAGUUUACAGGUGCGGUCCACUAAUUGACCUUUGUAAAGGCCCGCAUGUAAGACACACAGGAAAAAUUAAAAGCAUAAAGAUUUUCAAGAAUUCCUCAACAUAUUGGGAGGGCAGUCCUGAAAUGGAAACAUUGCAGAGGAUCUAUGGGAUAUCCUUUCCUAAUAACAAAAUGAUGAAAACCUGGGAAAAGUUCCGAGAGGAAGCCAAGAACCGAGAUCACAGGAAAAUUGGGAAAGAACAGGAGCUUUUCUUUUUCCAUGAUCUGAGUCCUGGAAGUUGUUUUUUUCUUCCUAGAGGAGCCUUCAUUUAUAAUACACUGACGAAUUUCAUACGAGAGGAAUAUCACAAUCAUAACUUCACAGAAGUGCUGUCUCCCAAUAUGUACAACAGUAAACUCUGGGAAACCUCAGGCCACUGGCAGCAUUACAGUGAGAACAUGUUUACCUUUGAUAUUGAAAAGGACACUUUUGCCCUCAAACCCAUGAAUUGUCCAGGACACUGUCUAAUGUUUGCCCAUCGUCCACGAUCUUGGAGGGAGAUGCCUAUUAGAUUUGCUGAUUUUGGAGUUCUUCAUAGAAACGAACUGUCAGGGACUUUAAGUGGCUUAACCCGAGUCAGGCGCUUCCAGCAGGAUGAUGCUCACAUCUUCUGCACGGUGGAGCAGAUUGAAGAAGAAAUAAAGGGGUGCUUGCAGUUUUUGCAGUCUGUUUACUCAACCUUUGGCUUCUCCUUUCAAUUAAACCUGUCAACAAGGCCUGAAAAAUUUCUAGGAGAGAUGGAGAUGUGGGAUGAAGCUGAGAAGCAACUGCAAAAUAGCUUGAUAGAAUUUGGAAAACCAUGGAAAAUGAACCCAGGAGAUGGAGCAUUUUAUGGGCCUAAAAUUGAUAUAAAAAUCAAGGAUGCCAUUGGCAGAUACCAUCAGUGUGCUACAAUUCAGCUGGAUUUUCAGUUGCCUAUUAGAUUUAAUCUCACAUAUGUUAGUAAGGAUGGGGAUGAUAAAAAGAGACCCAUGAUCAUUCACCGAGCCAUACUGGGAUCAGUAGAAAGGAUGAUCGCCAUUCUUUCAGAAAACUAUGGGGGGAAAUGGCCUUUCUGGCUGUCUCCACGUCAGAUAAUGGUCAUCCCUGUGGGGCCAACUUGUGAAGAAUAUGCACUUCAGGUAUCCAAUGAAUUUUUUGAAGAAGGAUUUAUGGCUGAUGUUGAUUUAGAUGACAGUUGUACACUAAAUAAGAAAAUAAGAAAUGCCCAGCUGGCUCAGUAUAAUUUUAUUUUGGUGGUUGGAGAAAAGGAAAAGAUAAAUAAUGCUGUAAAUGUUCGAACAAGAGACAACAAAAUUCAUGGAGAGAUUUCAGUAACUUCUGCCAUUGAUAAAUUGAAGAAUCUCAAGAAAUCACGUACGCUAAAUGCUGAGGAAAGGUUUUGAAGAAAUUUCCUUGUACAUGCUUCUUGUUUUGACCUUUGAAAAAUGUAUUUUUUCUUAAACAGUUAACAUGUUAGUACUUCUGAGAACUUUCUACCCACUGAUGGUUUCACUUAUUAUGGGGUCAGGUGACAAAGGAAAACUGAAUGAGUAGAUAUGUAUAAUGUUUAAUUCAUUAAUGUUUUCUGACAGGGAUAAGAGGAGCAGCUUUGGACAUUUUCCAAUAAUGUCUUCAGUGACCUUGAUGAAAUGUUACUCAUUGAAAGAAGGAAACACUGGGAAAUGAAAAUUAUAAAAAGUUAUUGCUAAGAUUUGUGAAUUUCAAAAAAUACGCUUCAGAGCUGGGGUUGUAGCUAGUGGUAGAGCACUUGCCUUGAACAGAUGAGGCCCUGGGUUCAAUCCCCAGCAUUGCAAAAAUGAAUGAAUAAAUAAGUAAAAAGGGUUCAAAUAAAAGUCUUCAAAGCUGUUUUGAAUAUGGAAAAAAUCUUAUUUUCCAAUAAGAUUAUGUCUCAAGUAUUUUUAUGGCUGUUUAUUACUAAAGUUCACACUGAAACUUUAUUUCCCAAAUUGGAAUCAUUAAUUUGUUUCAACUAAGCAGCAACUGUAAGAAAAAACUAGUACUAAAUAUUGGGCUCCUGACAAAAGACUCUGAACCUUAAGAGAAAUUCAGUCAUGGAAUCUUUUAUUUGCACUGUAGGUUAAAAGUUGCAGUCUUAAUGCUUCUAAUUCAUAAUUCUUACUCAUCUUUAGAGAAAAUAAAUACCCAAAUAAAAUGCAUAAUGGUGUUUCCAGUGUUUCAGUCAUGGCCUUAUAUAUAGUAAGUUAAAUGAUUUUUUUGAUGGGAUGACAGUUUACUGAUAUAUGGACUCAAAUGAUUUCUGAUUUUAACUAAAAAGUAUACCUUACUUGCUCAGAACAUAAUUAAAAUGGCUUUUGGUGAAUAAAGAAUUUAGUUAUCAAUCUA